CCCUUCAUCCCUUAUAACUUGUGGUUGUGACGUCUAUAUAAUAUUAUAUUAUUGUUGUAAUAUUGUUAUCAAUUAAUUUAAUUCAAUUUAUAUUUUAAUCGAGUUUAGUUAAUAAAGAUUAAUAAAGAUAAUUCAAUUAUAACAUUUGUCAUAUAUCAGUUAAGACAAUAAUUUUCGGAUACGUCUGUUUCGUAGUAUUCCUUCAAAAAUGUCAAACAAUUUUGUUUCCGUUUAAUAUUUUUAAAAAAAUACCUACGUCAAAUCCAUCAUGUCGACUAGAGUGUUACGUAAAAUGGGUCUGCAGGAAGAAAGAGACCUGCCACCCGUCAAAGACGAAGCGAGCGAUGACACCGAGACGAGUUCAGGUGGUGUAAACAAAAAAAGACACUUGAACAUGUACGAUUUGCUGAAUAUCGGUUCAAUGUCUGAAUCUGAAGUAAAAGAGGAUGAUGAUCAUGAGACUACUGGCUCAUUAAAUAAAAAAGAUGAGCAUUUAUCUUGUGACAAAGAGAAUAUCAGAAGAAAAAAAAAGAAAAAGAGGAAGAAGUCUGGUAAAGUAUUGUCAUCCCAUACUCGCAGUAGUGAAGAUAAUGUCGAUGAUGAAGUAGAGAGAAGCGUACGAGAAGUAAAUAAAAUCUUAGGAGAAGUGCCUGAUAAAGGAGAAGAAGAUUAUGAUGAUGCAACUUCAUCUCAAAAUCGGGAAUGUAUUUACUUCAAGAACAUAUUGUCUGUACAGCACCGAAACCUUAAUCCCAACAAUGAACUUCGUAAAAUGUUUGGACGAGUUGUUCAUCAGGCUGAACUUAGUAAACGUAAGUUCCGAGGAAGAAAUCAUUUGAAGACAACGUGGCUCGUAACACCUAAAGAUAACUGGCCACCUAUUGGGAAAUCGGGAUCUACGAUGAAGUACAUAGAAACUAAAAAUGGUAUAAUGUACUUCGCAUUUGAACACAGUUCAGAAUAUCAACAAGUCCAGAUGCAACUCUACGAUGCUGUUUCACUCAUGUCACAAGGCAAUUUGGUGAAUAUUAUCAAUAAUCACCCGUACCACGUCGAUGUACUACUGCAAAUGACAGAGUGGGCACGCUUGAGUGAAGAUCUGCCUGUAGCUGCUGAACUCACAGAACAAGCAUUGUAUUCUUUGGAAAAUUCGUUUCACCCUAUGUUCAGUUUGUCAAAUGGCAAAUGUCGCUUAGACUACCGUUUACAUGAAAAUAGGGCAUUGUUCUUGACAUUGUAUCGACAUUUAACGUUUGUGGGACUACGAGCCUGCUAUCGUACGGCACUUGAGUUUUGCAAACUUCUUCUGUCGUUGUCACCAAUGGACGAUCCACUGGCUAUUGUACUGUGUAUAGACUUUUACGCUCUCCGUUCAUGUGAAUAUACAUGGUUCAUUCAUUUUGUUAACGCCUUUGACUCCGCUCGUAACCUCACUCAGCUCCCUAACAUAAAAUUCUCAUUGGCGGUUGCUAAAUGGCAAAAAGGUGACGUUGAAGCCGCUCACACAUUACUGCAAGAAUCAUUAAUCAUGUUCCCCGGUGUUUUAUUACCUCUGCUGGAUAAGUGUUCAAUUCAGCCCGAUAAAAGAGUCACCAGUCACUCGUUUUUCACUAGUUACGCCACUGAAACGCAACCAAAAGCGUUAUCUUACCUAAUAUCUAUGUACGUAACGAGGAGUUAUCACGUGUGGAAAGAAGUUCAGUUAUUGCCGUGGCUCGAACGCAAUGUACAAAUUGUAUUGGACCGAGUGGAUGCUAAAGAUCCAAUGAUAAAAAAUAUGGAAAACUUACGUGCUACUCUAUUUAGUGCUAAAACUCCUUUGAACAUUCAUAGACACCUGCUGCUAUCAGACAUGAGUGAUACAAUUGCUCCACCAGCCGAGGCUGUCACAAGUCCAAUAUUGAUUAUGGACCCGUUUCCACCACCGGAUGGUACAUCAUUUUAUAGCUCUAGAUCGUCACAAAACAAUACCAACCGAUCAUCUAUGCAGAACCAGUCACUGUUUUCAACAUUCUUUCGUUCUUUAAAUCCAGUAUUUCAAGCGCUGUCGGACGACAAUGCUAUUGAAGAAGAAGAAACGGUAGCCGAAGCAGAAACUGUUGCUGCGAGGCCUGUAAUAACAAUGGUAGGCGAGCAAAUCGAUGAAAUGAGAAGUGAUCUGAGGCAAAGUGUCAAUUCGCUGUUAGACGCAAUGAGAGACUUAUUGUCUAGUGUACACGCGCCCACUGUACCAGCUGAUGGUGACAUAGAUGACGAUUCUGAACUAACCGAUACUGCUUAACAAUUUAUAUUAAACAGUAUUCAGAUAGUUUCACUGUGGAAUCAAUAGUUUUGUUCUCUUUUAUUUUCUGUUAAAAUAUUAUUCAUAGAAGACUGGAUUGUGGAUUUUGCUGAUUAUAAAAAUUGUAUUAUAUAUUACAUUCAAUUUUAUGUAAAAAAAAAUUAUUAAGAUAAAAAUCAUUAAUGUGUGUAUCGAUUACAUUAAAUAAUAUAUUGUAUUUAUCAUAUUAAUCUCGAUGAUAUCUAAAUUAAAUGUUGCUUAUAUUAUAACUCAUUUAUAAUUAUGACACUGUAAUUAAAUUCUACUAUAUUUAAUAGAUUUUUCAUGUUACAGACUAUUUUUUAAAUAUUUUGGUUCUUUCUAGUUUAGCUGUAUUUGUAUAUUUUGCAAUAAGCAAAAGUGAUCACUAUAACUAUAGCGUAAAAAAUUUAAUUUAAGGUAUACCAUAUAGGAAGACAAACACACCCCUUCUCUUUUU